GUAGUCGACCAUUCUUCUUUCGUUUAUUACGCACACCUUUACUCUCUCCACCUUUUCCUCUUUUUCCGUCUUCAACCAACACUCGUCUCCGCCUGAUACAGAACUGAGAAAAACCAAGUUCAGGAUAGACAACCGUUUCGGCAUUUAGUUUGUCAUUCAACUCGCCUUUUUAACUCGGAAGCUCCUUUUCAAGUCAGGAAAACAAUAACGAGUGCAAAGCAGCGACAGUUACAACAAACUCUUCAACCGCAGAUAAAACAACACAUAUUUCAACCAUGGUUCUGGAGGCUUCUAUCUUGGUGCUCGACAACUCGGAAUGGAUGAGAAACGGAGACUACACACCGACUCGUCUGGAGGCACAGGCCGAUGCUGUCAACCUAAUCUUUGGCGCCAAAACUCAGUCCAAUCCCGAGAACACGGUCAGUUUGAUGACCAUGGCCGGAAAGAGUCCCAAGGUGCUGGUGACAUUUACAUCGGAUAUUGGCAAGAUCUUAUCAGCCUUGCAUAAUGUCGCCAUCGGUGGUCAGGUCUCCUUUACAACCAGUGUUCAGAUUGCACAGCUUGCGCUGAAGCAUCGUCAGAACAAGAACCAGAGACAGCGGAUCAUUGUGUUUGUAGGAAGUCCCGUGGAGGAGGACGAGAAGACGCUGGUCAAGUUGGCGAAGAAGCUGAAGAAGAACAACAUUGCUGUCGAUGUCAUCAAUUUCGGAGAGGAGGCCGAGAACACGACAAAACUUGAAGCUUUUGUUGCCGCCGUUAACAACAACGACAAUAGCAAUUUGGUGACGGUUCCACCUGGCCCCCAUCUGUUGAGCGAUGUGCUAGUGAGCUCUUCGAUCGUCGCAGGAGAGGACGGCUCGGCACCAGCGUAUGUCUCGAGUGGCGGAGGGUCGUACGAAUUUGGGGUCGAUCCCAAUCUGGAUCCCGAACUGGCAUUGGCUCUCAGGAUCUCGUUGGAGGAGGAACGUGCCCGUCAGGAGGCUGCAAGUGGUGGUAAUAAGACUGAGGGCGGAGCUGAUGCAUCGUCCACUGGUGCUGCCACUGGGUCUACUGAUGCUGCGGCAACGGCUGCAGGAGGAGCUGGCAGUGCUAUGGUGACGGACGAUGACCUUUUGGCACAGGCUUUGGCUUCGUCGCAGGCAGAUGGCGAUCAUGAUAUGGAGGGACUAACAGAAGAACAGGAGAUGCAACGGGCAAUCCAGAUGUCGAUGACUGGAAACGAUGGAUCAGCAGGUUCAGCAAACAAGGGCGGCGACUUUGACGAGGCGAUGCAGGACCCCGAUUUCAUGAACUCGGUGCUAGGAUCGCUCUCGGGUGUGGACACAACCGACCCUCGUAUCCAGAAUGUCCUCCAGGGCUUUUCGUCCGCUUCGAACAAUACGGGGGACAAACCAAAGGAUGACAAGGCAAAGCAGGAUGAGGAUAAAAAGGACGACGAGAGCAAGUAGUUUUCGGCGGCAUUCUUUUGGCAGGCUGAUCAUUGACGAGGACAUGAAGAAGAAAUGGAAAGUCUUGCAGGCAGAUUGUCAUGUUGAAAUAGAGAGAGAGAGUUGUAGCAACAAGAUCGAGCAAAGAGAUGUACUUGCAUCUAUAAACAAAUACAAAAGAACACCAAAU